GAGCAAGAAAAGAAGCCAGAGUUUAAUUAUGGCAGAAACAUCAGAGAAAAAGAAGAGAAGAAUGGCAGAGAAAAGAGAAGCAGAUACCAAGAAACAGAAGAACCCAACAUUAACAACAUCAAAGUGGCCACUCAUCAAACCCAAACAAAACCUCCAGAUCACUCACCUCAAAGAUACAGAUCUUUUUACUGUGCAGAAUUUCUUCACAUCUGCUGAAUCAAAGGCAUUUAUUAAAGCUGCAGAGUCUAUUGGUUUUGUCCACCAAGGAAGUCUUGGUCCAACAAAAGGUGAAGCUUACAGAGAUAAUGAUCGAAUCUCUGUGAAUGAUCCUGUUCUUGCAGAAACAAUAUGGGAGUCUGGACUACACAAACUUUUUUCGGAUAUUAAAAUUCGAGGAAAGGUUGCUGUUGGUUUGAAUCCAAAUAUCAGGUUCUACAGGUACAAGGUUGGUCAACGCUUUGGACGGCAUAUUGAUGAAAGUGCUGAUCUUGAUGAGAGAAAGAGAACCCAUUAUACUUUGUUAAUAUAUUUAAGUGGUGGUCUUAAACCCAAUGCCAAAACUGAUUUGAGCAGCCUCAAGGAUCCUUCCUCAGAUCCUCUAGUUGGAGGAGAGACAGUCUUCUACGGUUCAAGGAAUGCUGUUGUGGCUGAGGUGGCUCCCACUGAAGGGAUGGCUCUCCUACAUAUUCAUGGGGCUAAGUGUAUGUUGCAUGAAGCCCGUAAUGUUGCAAAGGGUGUUAAGUAUGUCUUCCGUUCAGAUGUAGCAUUUGCCUGAUGGGUGUAGUCAUCUUAGAUUAAGCAGACUUGGUGAGUGCCAAUUUUGUACUGUUGAAGUGGCCAACUCAGCAAGCCAAAGCCAAUAUGGAAUGCUAAGAUGAUUUGAUUCAAUAGAAAUUUCUUGAUUUUAUUGUCCAUUCUCUGUGCUGCCAAAAAAGCUAUCUGAUGCUAUACACAUACAUUUCUCAUUAACGGUAUGCAAAAUGAAUAUUUUUAUUGCUCUCUAUGUCACAGAAAUAUCAAGAAACUUUAUUACCAAUGCAUAGUCCUUAGAAAUUAGAGAUUGUCAAUGUGCUCAAAUUAGAAGCAGUUGUUUUGUAACACAGAUAAUGGCUUGAGAAAAGAAAAGGCCACUGUGAAUGUAGACAAUCUUUUCAUAUGCAAUUCUAUUGCUGCCAAUAUGUGCAUUGGAUUUCCUUGUAA